UAAUGUCGACAUAUUAUACAAUUACCUUAUAUUUGUCACUCUCUUACAUCGGUUACUUUCUUUGCUUUGCCCUUUUAUGUCGUCAUUUUCAUCCUUCACUUUUCUUAACUUCUUCACAUAAAUACCCUUCGAAGAAAACUUCCAUGUCUUGUCCACCCUAGCAAUCUCAAUCUCUAUCUCUUUCGACUCUUGCUCUCUCUAUCUUUCUAAACAUGAAGAUAAUGACAUUCUUUGGCUUUAUACUUCUUUGUCCUCUUCUAGUUGCUGCGGAUUGCUCUAGCAAGGGAACUAGUUUAGAGAACCGUGAUAAAGCCAAAGCUUUACAAUUCAAAUUAGUAGCAAUAACUUCAAUACUCAUAGCAAGUGCACUUGGCGUUUGUAUCCCAAUCUUGGGCAAGAAAAUACCAGCUCUACGUCCUGAAAACGAUAUCUUUUUCAUGAUCAAAGCUUUUGCAGCUGGCGUGAUUCUAGCAACUGGUUUCAUCCACGUUCUGCCUGAUGCAUUUGAUAGCCUGACAAGCCCUUGUCUCGAGCAAAAUCCGUGGGGCAAUUUUCCCUUCGCAGGCUUUGUCGCCAUGGUUUCAGCAAUGGGGACGAUGAUGAUCGACACUUUCGCAACAAAUUAUUAUGAAAGAGCGCAUUUUAAGAAGGAGCUGCCAGUGAAGGAGGACACUCAUAUUCAUGAAGUGGUGCAUGACGGGCAUGUUCACGUUCACACGCAUGCUACACAUGGCCACGCUCAUGGUUCAGCCUUUGUUUCCGAGGACUUAUCUACAGCCGAUCUUAUUCGACACAGAGUAAUAUCUCAGGUUUUGGAGCUAGGGAUUGUGGUGCAUUCAAUAAUUAUUGGGAUAUCUUUAGGUGCCUCAUAUAGACCCAGUACAAUUAAACCUCUUGUGGCUGCUCUAACUUUCCAUCAAUUUUUCGAAGGCAUGGGUCUCGGUGGCUGCAUUUCUCAGGCCAAAUUCAAGUCAAAGGCAAUUGCAACGAUGGUACUUUUCUUCUCACUGACCACCCCAACUGGAAUCGGAAUUGGGAUGGGAAUAUCAAGCGUGUACAAUGAAAAUGGACCAUCUGCUCUAAUGGUUGAAGGCAUUUUCAACUCUGCUUCAGCUGGGAUCUUAAUAUAUAUGGCACUCGUUGACCUUUUGGCUACUGAUUUUACAAGCCCUCGAAUGAAAUGCAAUAUAAGGCUCCAGCUUGGGGCCCAUCUUUCACUACUUCUGGGUUCAGGCUGCAUGUCUUUAUUGGCCAAAUGGGCCUAAAUCAGUACUGAUAGAACGGAGUGCAUGAACUUUGCCAUAUGCUAUAUGCUGCUGCUGACUUCUCUAGUCUCCAUGUUGGUGUUUUUUUUUUCUUUCCCUUCUAUUGGUUCAAUUCCUAUUGACCUUACUUCUCUCUCUCUGUUUUUCUUUUUUACGUCACAAGUGUAAUUUGUCUUUUUAUAAUAACAUCAACCGUUAACAUGAGGGAACAAAGUGGUAUCCCUUGAAAAAUGUAGACGAGCUUGUUAAGUUUCGUAGCACAAUUAACCUAAACAUACUUACCCAAUUGUCAUA